CAAGGAGGCAGACAGGUACAGAUAGGCGGGAAACAAGCGGAAAAUAAGCGCAGAGAAUACGCGGGGCCGCCCAGGACAGGAAUGGAAACCGGAGCCUAGCGGGAAGACGCAGGGAACGACGCAUGAGAGCCCAAAUCACUGGAAUCGAGCUGGCCCGAUUCAGCAACGGAAGCCCGUGCUUUGGACGGUGUGGGAGCCAAGCCGGCUGACAAGCCACUCACAUCGCAGGACGGGCCCCGCCCAACUGCAUCUACAGACCUCACAAGCUCUUGAGGUCCUGCCACGUCCGACUCUGUCCUGACAGCACGCAUAUAAUGCGGGAUGCCCAGCAUUAGUUUGGCGCCCGAAACUUGUCGUGGCUGACGGUGGGCACUCGCAUGCGCCUCCUUGGACCCUCACUGGCUACUGGUGACCAGUAGCGCUGGGCGGCAGCCAUGGCCGACCUCGAUCUGGGAACUUCGUUUAUCCCUGCCCUGCAUAAGCCAUCGUCGUUGCUGCCCAUCGCAAAGCACAGGGAAGCUCUGCUCUACCUUAUCGAGACGAACCCAGUCACCAUCGUGGUUGGCCAGACAGGGUCCGGCAAGAGCACGCAGAUACCACAAUUCCUCGAGAAUGCAGGCUGGUGCAUUGAUGGCAAGGUCAUUGCAGUUACCCAGCCACGCCGAAUCGCCGCAAUAAAUGUCGCUCUGCGGGUGGCUGAAGAAUUCGGUUGUGAAGUUGGGAAGGAGGUCGGCUACUCUAUCCGCUUCGAGGACCUCACCUCCGACACCACGAAAAUCAAAUUCAUGACAGAUGGACUUCUUAUUAGAGAGGCACUGGUGGACCCCCUUCUUUCAAGAUACUCUGUGGUUAUGGUGGAUGAGGCACACGAACAAACCAUCAGCACAGACAUCCUCCUAGGACUCCUGAAGAAGAUCCGCAAGCGAAGGCCAGAGCUGAGGAUCAUUGUCAGCAGUGCCACUCUACAGGCAGAAGCAUUCCUUGACUUCUUCUCGGGUACAGCCGCGGAGAGCUCCGGGAAGGAGAAGAAUGAUGGCAAAGUCGGAACCAUCGUGAGCCUUGAGGGCCGCACAUAUCCGAUCGACAUCCUCUACCUGGAAACCCCAGCAGAGGAUUACCUGGAGAAGGCGAUUGCUACGGUUUUUGAGAUCCACGAGAAGGAGCCAGAUGGCGACAUUCUUGUCUUCCUCACGGGGAGGGAGGAAAUAGACACAGCUGUCGAGGCAGUCUCAGAGCGGGCCGGCCAGCUCCCCUCCAGUGGCCACGGACUCCUGGCACUUCCGCUGUAUGCUGGACUGUCAAUGGACCAGCAGAUCUACGUAUUCGAUGAGGCCCCAGAAAAUACCCGGAAGGUUAUAUUCUCGACGAACAUCGCCGAAGCAUCGGUGACCAUCGGCCGGAUCGUAUACGUUGUCGAUUGCGGAUACGUAAAGCUUCGUGCCUAUGAUCCCAGGACCGGUAUAGAGACACUCACCGCCGUCCCGGUCUCCAAGGCAGCAGCCUCACAACGGGCUGGACGAGCAGGACGGACAAAGCCGGGCAAGUGCUUUCGAUUAUACAGCGAGGAGGCGUACCUUUCCCUUGCAGACGCCAACAUACCCGAGAUCCAACGUUCAAAUCUCGCACCGUUCAUCUUACAACUCAAGGCGCUUGGCAUCGACGACGUCUUGCACUUCGACUACCUCAGCGCGCCGCCCGCAGAGCUAAUGACCAAGGCCCUGGAGCUACUUUUCUCGCUCGGUGCCUUGGACGACUACGCGAAACUUACGAAACCGCUAGGGAUGAGAAUGGCCGAGCUCGCCACGGAGCCGAUGAUGGCCAAGACGCUGCUCUCCGCGGCCGAGUUUGGCUGCGUCAGCGAAAUUCUGACCAUCGCCGCGAUGACCAGCGUCGGAGGCAACGUGUGGGUGCAGCACGAUGGGGAGAAGAAGAGGCUCGAGAGCACGCGCAGGAGGUUCGCGGCCGAGGAGGGCGAUCACCUGACCCUGCUCAACGUUUACCAGGCCUUUGUGAGCAAAGGUCGCAAGGACGCGCAGUUCUGCCACGAGAACCUGCUCAACUUCAAGACCAUGAGUAGGGCUGUGAGCAUACGCGCGCAGCUAAAGCGAUAUCUGGAGAGGUUCGGCAUCAACGUGGAGGAAUCCUUGGCGCCGAAACCGGCGGCGGACGAUCCUUCCACCAAGGCCGAGCAGGUCCGGCGGUGCCUCACGACGGGCUACUUUGCGCAAGCGGCGCGGAUGCAGGCGGACGGGAGCUUUCGAAACAUUCAGGGAGGGACCGUGCUGCACGCGCACCCGAGCUCGCUGAUGUUCAAUAGGCGGGCCGACUGGGUCAUUUUCCACGAGGUCAUGGAGACUGGCAGCAAGACCUUCAUCCGGGACAUCACCAAGGUGGAGAAGAGCUGGCUUGUCGAGUAUGCGCCUGGGUUCUACCAAGUAAAAUAGACAGGAUCCGUACAGAAAAUGGCACGUUGCGAAUAAACAAGGCAGCUCUGGCGGACGGACAUUCUACAUGCUUCAUAAUGGUGGGAUGGCGUUAUUGCUGAAACGCCCGCGAUGCGACCGCGGGGAUUGGGAAAACAUAAAAACAACAGCAACAAAAAUUAAGGACGUGUUGAAACGUGAAACAUGUCAGUAGGUAGCUCCCACAGGCAUUGCGUCUGCGGCGAACCCGCCUCCCGCCCCAUCAUGGGCAUCCUGGCCGAGACAGGACAGCACCUCAAGCGGCAGACGUUGAACACUCACUGGCGACUGCAAGCCAGGACGGGAGGACUCCUGCACGCGGACACCAUCCGUCUCCCAGCGAUCAGGACAACAGGUCAACAUGCAAAAUUAGCACAGAACACAGUGCGGCAAAAUAGGUACUUCCUUCCGGG